AUGAAAUGGGUAUCAUUGUUUAAAGACAUCAAAGAUAAGGUAGGAUUCUCAGCGCCUACAUCAGCUGCAUCUUCUUCAUCCCCUUAUCCUGACCAGAAUAGUAACAAUGCCACUUCUUCAAGCUACGAUGACCCAUUGUCAAGAGAAAGAUAUGAACUGGAAUUGGACUUCAAAAGAUCUUGGGAAGAGUUUAGAACAUCGACUUCAGAGACGGAGAAGGAAAAAGCCUUGAAUGUCACUAUUGAUGUCUUCUGUAGAUUAGUAGAGCAGCAUUCCAACAUAGCACAGUUAAAUACCUUGUUAGUAGAGACACACAUAUUUUCUUUUGUGGUGGGUAGAGCAUUUGUCUCAGAUAUUGAAAGGUUAAAAGUUAGCAAUAAGACAAGAUCCUUAGAGAUUGAAAGUGUGAUAAGUUUUUUUUCUGAGGAUACUCAGGAUGGAAUUCUGUAUGGUUCAAAUCUGCUACAUGCAGUUGGAUUUCUUGUUUCUGGGCCUAUUGAUAAACAGUCUCUCCUUGAUUCUGGGAUCAUGUGUUGUCUUGUUCAUAUUCUUGAUGCUCUUUUGGGUUCUGAUGGAGGGAAUGUGAGGCAACAUGUUGUCACUGCUGAGGAGGAUUCAGAGGUAACAGAGAAUGUAGCUCCAGAUAAGCGGUUUGAGGUAGAGGGCAGUAUUCUGCAUAUCAUGAAGGCAUUGGCAAGCCAUCCUGCAGCUGCUCAAGGUUUGAUUGAAGAUGAUUCUCUGAAGCAGCUCUUUGAGGUGGUUGCCAAUGGGUCUUUGGUUCUGUUUUCAAGAUACAAGGAAGGUCUUGUACCCUUGCACACCAUUCAGCUUCAUAGGCAUGCAAUGCAGGUACUGGGUCUUCUUCUUGCCAAUGACAAUGGAAGCACUGCUGCGUACAUAAGGAAGCACCAGCUGAUAAAAGUACUGUUAAUGGGCGUGAAGGGCUUUAGUCCUGAAUCUGGAGACCCUGCUUAUACAAUGGGUAUUGUGGACUUGUUGCUUGAAUGUGUGGAAUUGUCAUAUAGACAUGAGGCUGGUGGUAUCAGGCUCAGGGAAGACAUUCACAAUGCUCAUGGAUACCAAUUUCUCAUUCAGUUUGCAUUAGUUCUUUCAGGAGAUCAGGGCUCUCAAAUUAGUCACUCUGAACAAAAUCCCGAUUCAGAAGGGUCAAAAUCAACAAAUGACAUGGACACCUAUGACACCUCAUCAGAGUCUCUCACACCCACACUUUCCAGGUUGCUUGAUGUUGUUGUUAAUCUAGCUCAAACAGGCGCAACUGAGUCAACCGGGACCCCUGGCUCAAAGGGUACAAAAAACCGUCUAAAUCCCGAUGACACUUACAAAGUUAAAGACCUAGAUGCUGUCCAAAUGCUUCAGGACAUAUUUCUAAAAGCAAAUAGCAGGGAGCUUCAGGCUGAGGUGUUAAAUAGAAUGUUCAAAAUCUUCUCAAGUCAUCUUGAAAACUACAUGUUAUGUCAACAGCUGCGAACUGUUCCCCUUUUGAUCCUAAACAUGGGUGGCUUCCCUCCUUCCUUUCAAGAAAUUAUCCUCAAGAUUCUUGAAUAUGCAGUGACUGUUGUAAAUUGCAUACCAGAGCAAGAGUUGCUUUCACUUUGCUGCUUGUUGCAACAGCCAGUAACAUCCGAAUUAAAGCGCACUAUCUUAUCAUUCUUUGUGAAACUCAUAUCAUUUGAUCAACAGUACAAAAAGUUCUUACGGGAAGUUGGUGUGCUGGAUGUUCUAUUAGAUGAUCUUAAACAGCACAAGUUUCUUGUGGGCCCAGAGCAAAAUGACAAUGAUAGCCCUCAUGAGAUGGAAAGGAAGUCCAACCCAAACGGUUUCAUGAAACAUUUAGACAGUAAAGAUGUGAUUCUAUCGUCUCCUAGGUUAUUGGAUUCUGGAUCUGGAAGUUUUCCUCUUUUUGAAGCUGAAUGCAUAAUUCCAGCUGCUUGGGAUUGUGUGCUUUCUUUAUUGAGGAAAGCUGAACAUAAUCAAGUGAUCUUUCGUUCUGGUGAUGGUGUUACUACUGCUCUUCCUUUUUUGGCAUCUGAUGUCCACCGAGCUGGCGUCCUAAGGGUAUUAUCAUGCUUGAUCAUUGAGGACUCUGCACAGGUUGGCAAUGCUUCUUUCUGUUUAGCUUUUCUAAGGGACUGUUUCUUUUUGAGAUAA